CACGGUGCCGUUCCUACUAUCGAUUUUACUUCAACGUCGCACGCCAGGAUUAAUUAUUGAGCAAGGAAGUGCAAAUGGCACCCGGGGGAGCUUUUUGAUACCAUAUAGCCUCAGCACGGCACCAACCCACUCAAUCGUCGAACCGUCUGUCCGGAAAAUGCCGGCGCAAUGAGUCCAAUAAACAGCUUAUGGUUCAGGUGGAAAGCCUUGAAGCUUCCGUGGAGGAGGUCGUGGGUAGUCGGCCAGGAUUUGUAUGGUAAUACGUUCUGGGAAUUCAAGGAUGCAUUAAACGCGAACCGAUUACGGCGCAUCGUCAGAUACAACAAGAAUGCUCAUCUAGGAGACGUGAAAAUAUCACCACAAUGGCACCAGUGGCUUCGAUAUGUCCGAAAUGGGCCCCCGAGUAUUGAGGAACAACGGAGAGACCUUGCGCAAAUUGCAGACGAAAGAUGGGCUGCGAAGCCCUCUUUUCUUGAUAAGCCACAAACUCAGUCGACAAGGCCUGCCACCGGAACCCGUGACCCGGCGACACGUGCUACAGAGCCACAGCGUCGUGAUCGAAAUGUGCAACCAGCGGACGAUAACAAUAUUCGGAGUGAAACGCCAACACAGGAGAAACUGACGAAAGAAAAGGAAAAGGGUCCAUGGGCGAAAGUUCCUACUGGGCCCGGCGAGACCUGGCAACCAGAGGCAUGGACGCCAGACGCCGUCAAGCGAUAGUCCAGAGCGGAAUAACUCUCUAGAAAGCUGCAUAUAUCAUUUUCCAAAUCAUUUGUUGUCGUUCUGCGAUAUGCUUUCCAUAUUUCGAUCCAGAGUUACUGAGUUUAUAGUUGCCAUACAGGGCCUGCGUGCCUGCAAACCUCUUUGAACAUACUAUCCAAAAAGCCUCUCACGGGGCUCACUGAGGUGGUCAUAAUGUACACUAGAAGGCGUUAAGUGACGAAUUUUGUAUUAAUAAUGCCGCACAGAUCAUGCGACUCGAAUCCCGGCCGUAUUUGAAAGAAGUAAUGAGCUAAUGUUAGAUACAUGUAAUGAAUAAUUCAUAUUCAAA